AAACAAGUCUCAUUAUACACUUUAAACAUGUCUGCUCAACCACAGUUUUCCGAACAAGAACAGCGCGAACUUGCUUCUUUCUUGGAAGCCGAGAAUGCCAAGGCUAGAAUUCAGCAAACCGUCCACACUCUCACCGAUACUUGCUGGGACAAGUGCAUCAGCAAAGUCAACAACAAAUUAGAUCGCUCUGAGGAAGGUUGUCUUUCCAACUGCGUCGAGCGUUUCCUUGACACCAGCUUGUUCAUUGUCAAGCGUCUUGAAGAUUUGAGAAACUCGGCUGUUUAAACCCUCCGUUUGAGAGAAUAUACAUACACUAUUGUCAGCAACAUGAUUGACACACUAUCAAACAGAAAAAAAAAUAGAGACUUG